AUGACAGAUUCUCCUGAGACGAAUGAAGUGACCAGCUCAGGAGGAAACCAGCAGAACGCGCCCAWCAGGUUCACCACCUGCAGCCCUGCUCUGUCCAAUCAGAGCGCUCUGUCCAGCCGCUGCCAUACCGCCGUGCUGGUUACCUCUCAGGAGGGCGACUGGUCCACUGGGAUCUGCGACUGCUGCCAAGACAAGAAGCAAUGUCCCGGUUACCUGGUACCGGAAGUCACAGCUGCUGUUUGUGUUUGUUCUGUAGCUGCGAAGGGGAAGAACAUCCGGCGGGGAGUCAAGGAGGUCCAGAAAUUCAUCAACAAAGGAGAGAAAGGCAUCGUGGUUCUGGCCGGAGACACGCAGCCCAUCGAUGUCUACAGCCACCUUCCGAUCAUGUGUGAGGACCGCAACCUGCCCUACGCCUACAUCCCGUCUAAAGUGGAUCUGGGCUCUUCCGCCGGCUCCAAGCGGCCAACCUGYGUCAUCCUGAUCAAACCGCACACCGACUACCAGGACGCCUACGAUGAGUGUCUGGAUGAGGUGUCACACCUGCCCAAACCGCUCUGAGCCAAUCAGGACGCCGCUCAUCUGAACUCAACCAAUCAGGACGCAGCACCCGCCUUAUAUUUAAAGGCGCAGUUCGCCCUGAUUUCUCCCAGAAUCUCCUGUUUCUCUGCUGCGCUAGCAGUUUUCACCCGUUUCCAGUGUUUGUGCUAAUCUAAGCUAAUGAUGGACUGAAGGACGCUGCCCCCUGCUGAACUCUGGAAGCCAUGUUUCUAGUUUUUUUAUAUUAAAAAUGUUAAAACUGGAGUCAUUUGUUUGAAUAAAGAUUAUUCAUAAAGUGUUUUCAGGAUAAACACUGCAGGAACUUGUUUUCUCCGGUUUCUCUUGUGCAAAAGUCUUCAGCCCACUUACUYUUUGUGAACCUUGGGAGGAAAAUAUUUAAAAACUAAACCAAAUAUUUUUAUUUUUCAUUCCCACAAAAAGUAAAAUAAUUAGUUUGAUAUCAUUCAAUAUAAAUGUCACUUCUGUGUGCUUUGUGACACAUAUUAAAAAACUUGAGUUUUUGAA